AUGAAGAGGGAGAGAAAGAAGCAGAAACUGGAGGAGGAGAGGAAAGUGGAGGUGGUUGUGGUGGAGCAAGUUGAUGCAUUGGCUGCUGCUGCAACGGUGGCUGCGGCUGCGGCGGUGAAGGAGGAGGAGGAAUUGUGGGGGAUGAGACUCAAUGCCGGAGAUGUUGUGAUCGACGAGUUGAUGACGUGGAGCACCGUUUGGUUGCCUUCAUGUUGGGACGUUGAGAAAAACUAUGAAGCUUUGUUUGACGAUGUUGUGUGGGACGAUGAUCUUUGGAACUUGAAUACUUCUUCUCAGCUUCCUCCUUUAGAUAACGUAGGACAAGAUUGA